CGCGCGGCGGGCGGCGGCUCCGAGAGGCGGCCGGGCGGGGGGCGCUGGAGGCCAGGCCGGCCGGGGGGAAUCCCAAGAGCUCCAUGAAGUCUCCCCGGGGCCGCGGACGGGGCGCUGUCCUGGGGAGGCUGUCGGGGGAUCCCCGACACCCAUGGCUAGGCGGGGGCCGCGGCGGCGCGCUCGGAGGCCGGCGGCGGCGGCUGCCCCGAGGGACGGGGCCCUAGGCGGUGGCGAUGGGGGCCUCCCGGAUCGCGCCCGGCCUGGCGCUCCUGCUGUGCUGCCCAGUGCUCAGCUCCGCAUACGUGCUGGUGGAUGCAGAUGACGUCAUGACCAAAGAGGAGCAGAUCUUCUUGCUGCACCGUGCCCAGGCCCAAUGUGAGAAGCGGCUCAAAGAAGUCCUGCAGAGGCCAGCUGACAUAAUGGAAUCAGACAAAGGAUGGGCAUCUGCAUCCACAUCAGGGAAGCCCAAGAAAGAGAAGGCAUCUGGGAAGCUCUACCCUGAGUCUGAGGAGGACAAGGAGGUGUCCACUGGCAGCAGGCACCGAGGGCGCCCCUGCCUGCCAGAGUGGGACCACAUCCUGUGCUGGCCGCUAGGGGCACCAGGUGAGGUGGUGGCCAUGCCCUGUCCUGACUACAUUUAUGACUUCAAUCAUAAAGGCCAUGCCUACCGUCGCUGUGACCGUAAUGGCAGCUGGGAGCUGGUGCCAGGGCACAACCGGACAUGGGCCAACUACAGCGAGUGCGUCAAGUUCCUGACCAAUGAGACUCGUGAACGGGAGGUGUUUGACCGCCUGGGCAUGAUCUACACCGUGGGCUACUCCGUCUCGCUGGCCUCUCUCACCGUGGCUGUCCUCAUCCUGGCCUACUUUAGGAGGCUGCACUGCACACGCAACUACAUCCACAUGCACCUGUUCCUGUCCUUCAUGCUUCGUGCCGUGAGCAUCUUCGUCAAGGACGCGGUGCUCUACUCCGGCGCCACGCUUGAUGAGGCUGAGCGCCUCACGGAGGAAGAGCUGCGCGCCAUCGCCCAGGCACCGCCGCCGCCCGCCGCCGCCGCCGGCUACGUGGGCUGCCGGGUGACUGUGACCUUCUUCCUUUACUUCCUGGCUACCAACUACUACUGGAUUCUGGUGGAGGGGCUGUACCUGCACAGUCUCAUCUUCAUGGCCUUCUUCUCAGAGAAGAAGUACCUCUGGGGCUUCACGAUCUUCGGCUGGGGUCUGCCCGCCAUCUUCGUGGCUGUGUGGGUCAGUGUGAGAGCCACCCUGGCAAACACCGGGUGCUGGGACUUGAGCUCCGGGAACAAGAAGUGGAUCAUCCAGGUGCCCAUCCUGGCCUCCAUUGUGCUCAACUUCAUCCUCUUCAUCAACAUUGUCCGGGUCCUCGCCACCAAGCUGCGGGAGACAAAUGCUGGCCGGUGUGACACGCGGCAGCAGUACCGGAAGCUGCUCAAAUCCACACUGGUGCUCAUGCCGCUCUUUGGCGUCCACUACAUCGUCUUCAUGGCCACGCCAUACACCGAGGUCUCAGGGACGCUCUGGCAAGUCCAGAUGCACUACGAGAUGCUCUUCAACUCCUUCCAGGGAUUUUUUGUCGCCAUCAUAUACUGUUUCUGCAACGGCGAGGUACAGGCUGAGAUCAAGAAAUCCUGGAGCCGCUGGACAUUGGCACUGGACUUCAAGCGCAAGGCACGCAGCGGAAGCAGCAGCUACAGCUACGGUCCGAUGGUGUCUCACACAAGUGUGACCAAUGUAGGGCCCCGCACGGGACUUGGCCUGACCCUCAGCCCCCGCCUGCUGCCCGCUGCCACAGCCAACGGCCACCCCCAGCUUCCCGGCCACACCAAGCCAGGGUCCCCAGCCCUUCAGACCACACCACCUGCCGUGGCCGCUCCUAAGGACGAUGGGUUCCUCAACGGCUCCUGCUCGGGGCUGGAUGCGGAGGCGUCUGCACCGGAGAGGCCACCUGUCCUAUUGCAGGAGGAAUGGGAGACAGUCAUGUGAUUGGGGACCCGAGGGUUGGACCUGUGGACAUAAGGGUGGACAAGCGGACCAAGAGACAGGUUGUUGGACAGUUGCCCAUUCAGGACUGGGGCUGG